AUGCUGGACCUAUCAAUGGACAAUAUCUACUCAUCUUUGUGGACGCAUACAAAAUUUAUCGAAGUCGCCAUCACUCCAACUAUUUCUGCUACUCGCACCGUCGAACUUUGCCGCGAAGUAUUCUCGCGUUAUGGACCCCCUGAAGUCCUAGUAAGCGAUCACGGAACACAGUUCACGUCAGAGAUCUUCUCAAAAUUUUGCAAAGACAUGCAGAUCUCACAUAUUUUCACCGCUGUUAACCCUAACGGCCAGGCCGAGAGAAUGGUGGACACAGUAAAAAGAGCGAUUGCUAAGAAUCCAACCGGCUGGAGACAGGAACUUCAAGACUUCCUGUAUAGCUACAGAUACACUCCAUGCUCUGCAACCCCAGAUGGAAGAUCUCCCGCAGAAUUAUUUUUUGGCAGACGAAUUUCCUCACCCUUCUCCAAAUUAUUUCCUAAUACGACUAAGUCCUACUCCCCUCCACCGACUGUUCCCUCUCACAAGCAACUUGAAAUACAGGAACAAUUCAGUCAACAUCAUGGAGCACAGGAAAGGACUUUCAAACCAGGAGAUCGAACUGUGGUAGCUCUCAACAAUAAAAGAGAACAAGGCUACAUUACCGCGGCCUUAUCUAAAACACGCUACACAAUUCGUUUAAACAACGGAAAAUCUAUUGAACGACACAUCAAUCACAUUUGGGAAGGAGGUAGCCCCCUGUCGAGUCCGAGCCCUGCUGUCUCGGAUGAUUGGAUGUUCUACGAAACACAGGUAGACCGGAACACUCCCGAUGUUCCAACGGAUCCCGACCAUCCGGUCGCUCCGCCAGAAGCCCCUGAAGCACCAGAAGACCUGACAGAAGCUAUAUCGGGCAUAACCCCGACUAGACCCGUCCGUUGCAGGAUCCAACCGAAGAGACUCAUCCUGGACCCCAAGUCAAAGUCUUACACUCAGUGGUAA